UCAACAUUUCACGAUUAACACUUGUGGUUGAAGACGACAUUUUCUACUUGUUAAUAUCUGCGAGCUGUGACAAAAUGACGAUAAUAACGAAAAUUGCACCGGAGAAGAAGUUAAUCAAGGAAGAGGGUGAUUUUAUGGAAGUCGAGCUGCCUACUGAUAAGUCUGACGUAAGUGACCAUGAUGACUACCCACGCGGCAUCGCCACGGUAACGGUCGUGCGAAGAAACAAAUGCUACUGCGCGCUGCUGCUGCUACUCAUAAUUCUGAUGAUGUCACUCGUUGGCGGAAUCUAUCUGUACAAGCACAUCACCGACAAGCAUCGUUACCGUGGCUGGUGCGGCGUCAGAAACACCGACUUCAUAGGAGAAGGAGUGGGCCCUGCAUACUUCAGGGAGGAGCUUGAGAUCGGGGAGGACUACGAGAAGAUAGACCUUCCACCAACAGUCGGCAACACCUUCGGACAUGUGAUCCAUGAUUUCUCGAAGAACAUAUCUGCGAUUGUGGACGUGAGUGAUCAUCGCUGCUUCAUCAUGGACAUGACAGACGAGCACAUCAAGUGGCCGUCCACGCUGAGAGAACUCAUAACCAAGUCUAUGGCCGGCGACUAUGAGGUGGACGCUCACUAUGUUGAGGAGAACUACGCGAUUGGCCAGGAGAUCGUGAAUCGCUCGCGACUCGGUUACGCGAUCGGUACUGAGUGCUACUUCUAUCGCUCCUACAAGCUGGUGAAAGUAAUAGUGGAGAAGCGCGAUGCUGACGAGAAUGAAGUGGAGGAGGAGGGCAACCUGAGCUUCACGUUCUACGACGGCCUGCUACGUCACAUCAUCAUACGCGGGCUGUAGACGCAUCACCGACGCACCGAGACGAGACGUGAGGAGGAGGAGGAGGAGGAGGAGGAGGUGGAGGAGGGAGCUCCCUCUAUAUGCGUCGGUGUAUUUGUGUCGGUGUAUGAAUGUAUUGUUUGCGCGCGUGGGUGUUUGCGCACGUAUUUUUGAGAUGUGUUUAGUAUUUCCCUCUCUGCGAUGUGUGUGUGUGUGGGUGGGUGGCUGCGUGCGUGCACGUAUGUUUGUGUGCGUGUGCAUGCAGUCACUCGUGUGUUUGGUGUGCAGUGUCACCUGUAUCCCCUGUCACUGUGUGUGUGUGUGCAUGCGUGUGCGUGCGUGCGUGCGUACAUGUGUGAGUCAUGCAUGAGUACGCGUGAUCCCUGGCCUUUCCCUCUCUCCUACACACAUACACGCACGAACCGUCCUUGUGCCCCCCCCUUAUAAUACAUCCGUGUGUGUGUGUGCGUGCAUGCGUGCGUGCGUGCGUGCGUACGUGCGUGUGUACAUGUGUGAGUCAUGCACGAGUCUGCGUGAUCCCUGGCCUUUCCCUCCCUCCCUCCCUCCUACACACAUACACGCACGAACCGUCCUUGUGCCCCCCCCCUAUAAUACAUGUAACAUGUGCCCCCCAUAAUGUACAUUAAUAAUGUAUGUGCUUAAUUUUCAUUAGGGAUCCGAUCGCGUAUAUAUAUAUAUAUAUAUGUAGCUAUCGUUAAAGAUGCAUAUUGUUUUAAUUUUGAGUGUAAUCUUGAGUUUGUUUUUGACUUGCGCAGCUUUCAAUGGCUUACUAGUAUAGGGAGCGAUAGGAAAAUGCACGAGACCAACAUAUAGCUCUCUCCAGUCAGAGAAGAGGAGGGGAGGAGAGGAGAAGGGAGGAGAGA